GCUAUCUCCCGGUCGGCAUAGAUCAAUUGUCAUGAUAUGAUAGCUCUUCGAGGGCGAGACUUCAUUGUAUGCGCCAAUCUCGACAACUCCACGAUCCCCGGAGACUGUCCGACUUGCACGAAGCACACUUUCCACUCAUCGAUACACUGCCGGCUUCGUCACCAGCAAUACACUCUUUGAGCAGCAGCUUACAAUCAUCAUGGCGGAAGACAGCAACAUCUUCCACGGCUUCAGGUACUACUACUUCGAACCGUCCCUCCCGGCAGCCGCCACAUUCCUCGCCCUCUUCGCCAUCACCACCGCCGCCCACGCCUUGCAGCUCUACCGCCACCGUACCUGGUACUUCAUUCCUUUCCUCGUCGGCGGCAUCUGUGAGACGGUCGGCUACGGCGCCCGAAUUGCCUCGUGCCUCCAGACGCCCAAGUGGACCCUCAUUCCGUACAUCAUCCAGAACAUCCUGCUCCUGAUAGCUCCGGCCCUCUUCGCUGCGUCCGUCUACAUGAUCCUCGGCCGUCUGAUCCGCCUCGUCGAUGGCGCCAGGUAUUCCGUGAUUCCUCUCAAGUGGCUCACCAAGAUCUUUGUGACGGUGGACAUUAUUGCGUUUCUCCUCCAGGGCGGUGGCGGCGGCAUCCUUGGCGUAGCAAAGGACCUUCAAGCGAUGCACACGGGCGAGUCCGUCAUCAUCGCGGGCCUUUUCGUCCAGCUCGUCGGCUUCUCCGUCUUCAUCGCUGUCGCGGGCCUGUUCCACCGACGCAUCAGCCUCCAGCCCACGCCCGCAUCCUCCACGACGACCCUCGCCCGCCGCGUGCCUUGGCAGCGCUACCUCGUGGUGCUGUACCUUGUCUCCACGCUCAUCCUGGUCCGCUCCGUGUUCCGCGCAAUCGAGUACAUCCAAGGGUUUGGCGGGUACCUGCAGAGCACCGAGCUGUUCCUGUACGUGUUCGAUGCGGCCCUCAUGCUGCUUGCGAUGGGUCUCCUCAACGUGUGGCAUCCGAGCAGCAGCACCGUCUCCUCGUCUGGCCGAAAGGUGGGCACAAAUAUAGAGUUCUCUUGAUCAUAUCUGUUGUGUUGUGCUGUGCUCCCCGUGAGGUUCUGUGAAUCCGGGGGUUGAUCGGGGAAAGGGGAGAAUAAUUCCUCGGGCAACCCCCACUCCGUGUGCGUGCGCACGUGCAUAUGUAAAGGGAAGUUGGAUAUCAGCUCUUCAUAACGUAUAUAUAUUCCCCGUGGACGAAACUUCGGAAAUCCUUGUAUCACAGUACAGAAGGCAGUAGACGGCCUCAACUGUAAGGCACCCCGGUCCCCGCAUGAGACAGAAGUCCACGAGUUAUCACGGUUCACUUACCAGACGUGGUUGUGUCUCAGUCGGCAAGAGCUACAAUGUUUGGCCCCAAGAGUGCUCUGAAAGGGCGCAACCCAAAAUGAUUAAAUAUCGAGACGGACCAAUCCUCACUGAAUUGUGUACAGCGGCAUCCUGUAUAGACGGUGAACUUUGGUCAAAGCACCGGAAAACGGAAACGAGACAACACCAUGUCACG